AUGUUACUCUUCUUAUAUAUAUUGUCUACAUUGUCUAUUCAAUGCGAUAAUUUGAAAAAUUACAAGACGUACAAUUACUUGGAGAUUAUGGAAUGUGUACACACAAUCCAAAUAUCAAGUAAAAAUAAAGUCCAAAUGAUUACAGGUCUUAAGCAUUUGUACGAACAAGUUUACGCUUACAAUGAUAUUAUGAAGAACCCACCACAACCUUCUUUCGACUCUGAAUACUACAAACCAAAUGACUUGAUUGCUAGAAUGGAUAAAUUGGACAUGACAGAUGGUGAACUCUACCCCUUUUACUAUGAACUCAAACAAAUCAUUAAAGACGCUUACGACCUGCAUUUAUCAGUCAAUUUGAACUCAGUGAAUGAUAAGAAAAAUAAAUAUAUCAUUGACAAUAUAUUCUACUUCCUUCCAUUCAACUUUAAUAUUGAUGAGAAUAAAAACACUCGUUUGAGUGUGGCAAACAUCUCACCGGAAAUACUCACAGACGACAUGUCUGCAGAGAUAGCAAAGCAUGCCACAGAGUCUGUUGUCUCAAUUAAUGGAGUUACUCCUCUUGAAUUCAUUAGAACUUUUGCGAAUAAAAAUGUUGGAGUCAAGUCACCAAGUGGACGAUUUUCAUAUGCACAGAGUUCAAUGACACUCUCUUCUUUGAACUAUAAUCCCCUUACCGAAGAAGAGUUGUCCACAACCUUUGAAAUUAAGUACGAGAGUGGUGAUAUAGUGAAAGCACCUUAUUACUUCUUGUACGUCUCAACGAGUUCUCUUUCAGAAAGUGCACAAAAGAGAUUAAAAACACAUGACAUUGGGUCAAAUUACUCUCCUCUUAAAUUUAAGGACCUCAUGCCUGAGGAAAAGACAAGAGAAAAUGGCAAAAGAAGUGAUCAAGAAGGUGCAUUCAAAUUUGACUUUGAAGACAUUACAGGUGACUACAGUUGCAAGACUUAUAACGACAAAAAGAUUAACGUGUUGGUGUUAAAAAGCUUUUCCAUGAGUAAUGUACUUGCUUUCUAUUCGGUGUCAAAUACUCUUUUAAAAUGUGCAGAACAGUUUGAUAACAAUGAUUACCCCAUUGCCGUAAUUCUUCCACUCAAUGGAGGGGGUUUCAUUAAUCUUGGGUUGGAUGUUGAGAAGUUCUUAUCACCACACAGCGACACUGAAGUAAUAACUUCAGUUCGUUCAAGUGAUAUGUCUGGUCAGGUAUUACUUGCAGGAACUGCUGAAGCUUUUCUUAGUCCAGAAAACUGUGAAAAAAGGUACAUAAUUGAAAAUGGAAGUGGAGACUUAGGAGACUGGUUCUAUAAUUACCAAACUAUUGACUAUGGAAAUGGAGUCUUGCACUAUAGAACACAACCAUCUUAUUACCUCCAUGGAGCUUUAGUCCAAAUGAAUUUAACAAAACAUAUCCGAAAGCCACAGGAUAUCGUCGUCUUCACAGACUCUUUCUGUUACUCCACUUGUUCUUUUUUCACUAAAGGGUUGGUUGAAAGAGGCGAAGCUAUAUUAGUAGGAUUCAGCGGAGACCCCGAAGGAGAUAUAGAACACUUUGAUGUUGGACAAGCACCAUCCAGUGUCAUCCAAGCAGGUGACAUUAAAGACGAUGAGCAACAAGCACUCAAAAAGAUGGGGGUUUCUGCUGCUGUGACAUACUUUGAGACAUCUAAAUUCCACUAUGACUUGAAGGAGACUAUACCCCGAGAAUAUAUAGCAGACCGAGUCGACGAGAGAGUUAACUUAUAUACCUACACUAACGACAAAACUGAUACUUUCAUGGACAAAGCUCUCGAAAUCAUUGAGAAGUACAAGACUCAGUGUAACUCGCACAACAAGAGACUUGUUAAAGAAACAAGUGAGUGUGAUAAUAAAAUGACCAUUAAACACGCACAUGGUGGAUACGUCUGUGGUGAUGACAACAAGUGGACUACAACAUGUGUCGCUUCGUACUGUGAUGAAGGCUAUAAAUUCGAUUAUUAUAAUCAAAAAUGUAUUGAAGAUGUAUGUAACCUCCCUGAAAAUGACGAUACUUGGAUAUGGAUCACUGUUGGAGUUGUGAGUGGGGUAUUCGUGUUGAUUGUCUUCCUCAUUCUUGUUGGUGUUAUUGUCUUCUUUGUAAUGAAGAAGAAGAAGAGCAAGUCUCAAUACACUGGUUUAGCUUAA